AAUGCAGGAUCCGAAUAACAAAACGGGUAGAAGCAAUGGAGCCGAAUAACAGGAACUUGAAUUACACGUACGCGCCCGUUUUUAGCGGUUGAUGGAAGCACUCGAACCAGAAAAUGAUUCCCAUGAGAACCAGAUACAAACCUCUGAAUUCAAUUUUCCGUCUUUCGCAAUCCGACGAGAGUGAGGAGAGAGAGAGAGAGACAGGAAAAGAAUUGGAUCAAACUUUUUCUGCUUUCUUUCUCUUCCUUCGUCAACCAAGCUUCGUUGGAUUGGUUCUCCUUUUCUUCCAUCGUAAUCGGCUUCAAUUUAUGAUUAUGGGAAAUUGGAUUGGGUGACAUCAUAAAGAUAGAACACAGAAACCUGAUUCCUGUAGUCUGCCAAUUAAAGAAUGCGUUGCUGUGGAUCCUGUCUUAAGAAAAAAGAGAACGAGAGUACCCAAGAUGGUGCAACCACAAACAAUUGCCAGACAGCACCACCUCGAGGACCCCUUUAUGGUGGUGGAGGCAGCAUGAGAGCACCAAGAACCAAUGGAGCUGGGCCUCAAAAAGAUUUGCCAAUUGAAGCCCCAUCUUUAUCAUUUGAUGAAAUAAUCAAAAUGACAGAUAAUUUUGGUCCAAAAUCUUUAAUUGGUGAAGGCUCUUACAGUCGGAUUUUCUAUGGAAAGUUAGAAGAUGGGGAAGAAGUAGCCGUAAAGAAACUCGACACCACCUCUUCAACCGAACCCGAAUCUGAAUUUAAGGAAAAGUUAUCCAUGAUUUCAAGACUAAAAAACGAGUACUUCUCCGAAUUGCGUGGUUAUUGUUUGGAAAAACGCAACCGAAUCUUGUUAUAUCAAUACGCAAACAAGGGUGGUUUGCAUGAAAUAUUACAUGGGAAAAAGGGUGGUAAUGAAGGUGGGAUAGUUUUGAACUGGAACCAGAGAGUUAAAAUUGCUUAUGGAGCAGCAAGAGGUCUUGAGUAUUUACAUGAAAAGGUUCAGCCUCCAGUAGUUCAUCGUGACAUAAGGUCAAGCAAUGUGUUGGUGUUUGAUGAUUUUCAAUCAAAAAUAUCCGAUUUCAGUUUGUGCAAUAUGUCUUCUGACAACACAGCUCGAUUGCAUUCCACAAGAGUUUUGGGAACUUUUGGCUACCAUGCUCCUGAAUAUGCAAUGACAGGGCAAAUAACACACAAGAGUGAUGUGUAUAGCUUUGGGGUUGUUCUUUUGGAGCUUUUGACAGGAAGAAAACCAGUGGAUCACACAAUGCCUAAAGGCCAACAGAGUCUUGUUACUUGGGCGACUCCAAGAUUGAGUGAGGAUAAAGUGAAGCAAUGUGUAGAUCCCAGGUUAGGUAAUGAUUAUCCCCAAAAGGCAGUUGCUAAGAUGGCAGCAGUUGCAGCACUAUGUGUACAAUACGAGGCAGAUUUUAGGCCAAAUAUGACAAUUGUAGCGAAAGCAUUGCAACCACUUCUCAACUCAAAGCAAUCAGCCUCAGAGUCUUGACCUUUGUGAAUAUUUAUUAGACCACACUCACUCAAGAUUCAUGUCAGCAUGUUUGACUACUUGAAUCCCAUUCCCUUGCUAAUAUAACAACAAUCCCAGAGAAAGGAUUCAAAGUGGUACAAGGGCAGACAAUUUUGAAGCUCAGAGAUGAUCAUCUUCUUCCCAUCCCAAUCCCAUGUAUUUAAAGAUUUAAAAGAUUUUAUCUUGUGUAUUGUGUAUUCUUUAGGGGAAAAACAUAUGUAACAAUCUUGAUCCACAUUUGAUUCAUUGUUUUCCCCUACCGUAGCAUUUAUAAGUUGCUAUAACAUGUUUUUAGAUAGUUUUCAUGUAAAAACAUUUGUACAACGGAUCAACACGAAAAAAUCAUUACAAUGUUA